GUUUGUGUUCCAAAAGGCUCCAAUGCUGUGGCUUCACUCUGAGGCUGGUCUGUGCGCUACACUCUCAAUACCCCAUGGUGUUGGCCAUUGUUUAGAGAGGUGACGUCUCUGAGCUCCGUCCAUCCUUCAGGCUGUAUCAGGUGUCUAGGUUUGCACUGAACAGGAGCUGACCGUCCAACACUGUGAAUGAAGAGGAGAAGUGAUGUCUCAAAACGAUAGCUGUUGCAUAGUUUGCAGCAGGGGCCUAUAUAGCUGUCACUGGACGCACUCAAGUACAUCUAAGAGAAAACAUGCAUGCUUUUGGUUCUCAGUCGUCGCUCUGGUCUCCCUGCUCUCCCUCUUCUGGAUGUACAUCUGUCUUAUUACGUUUAAUGACCGAGAGGAUGUUAACUGGGAGGGCUUCACAAAACUGAAGCGAUGGGUGAAUUGGUUCAUGGUGCUGAUCAUCCUUUCUGCAGUGCUAACCAGCUACUGUGUUCUGCUGCUGCUCUUUGCAUUGGUCCAAGUUGCCUUAAGGGAACCACUCAGCUUACACUGGCUCCACAAGAUCUUCUUAUUUUUUGGCGUGAUAUUCGUCGCUUUGGGUGUCACAGGAAUUUCUCUAAAGUGGCCACAAGAAUGGCCGAUUGUUCCUCUCUCACUGCAGGCCACAGCUCCUUUCUUGCAGUUUGGUGCUGUUGGAGCGUUGACCCUGCUGAGCCUGUUCGUCUUCAAGGGCUUCCACUUGUCCAAGGAAAAAUGGUCCAAGUUCCUGAUUGUGAUGAUAUUUGUAGUGGUGUCAGCAGCCAUCUUCCUUUGUCCCCUCUGCAUCAAGUCUCCUUGUCUGAUAGAUUCGACCAAAUUACCUGACAAACCAAAGCUCAUUGGUCACCGCGGCGCACCGAUGCUGGCCCCGGAGAACACCAUGAUGUCGUUCGAAAGGAGCAUCAAGUGUGGUGUCACAGCCUUUGAGACAGACGUGCAGCUCAGUAAAGACAGAAUUCCCUUCUUAAUGCAUGACCAUACCUCUGGGUUCUUGCGGAGAACGACAAAUGUCAAAGAGAAGUUUCCCAACAAAGACUUCAGCCUCAGCACCAACCUGACCUGGGAGGAGUUACAGAGUCUGAAUGCAGGUGAAUGGUUCCUAAAGACAGAUCCUUUCCACUCAGUGUCCGAGCUCUCAGAAGAGGAGAAGAAAACAGCCAGAAAUCAGACCAUUCCCUCCUUACUUCAGCUCCUCAACCUCGCCGAGCAGCACAACAUCUCAGUGAUAUUUGACCUAUAUAGUCCCGACCAGAAAAAUGACACAGUGGACAUAGUCAACACCAUCUUGGAUUCUGGCAUUGACCGAAACCGGGUCUUCUGGCUUCCUCCAGCAGAAAGAGAAUAUGUAAUUAAGACUGUUCCAGGCUUCAUCCAGGUCUAUAACAACGAAAGUGAGAUACCUAACGAAAGGCGGGACCACCUGAAUGUGAAAUACAGCAAGUUUAGUACAGAAGAAAUCAGGGAGCAUCGGCGCAAGAACGUUACAGUGAACCUGUGGGUGGUGAAUGAGCGUUGGCUGUUCUCUCUGCUGUGGUGUGCCGGGGCCAGCUCUGUUACCACCAACUCCUGCCAUCUGCUUAAAGACAUGGACCGACCCGACUGGGUCAUGGCGCCUCUUACAUACCUAAUAAUAUGGAUUACAGUGGACAUUGUAUCUAUUCUGAUAAUGACUGGACUUUUCCUCUUUCAGCGGAAAGUGCACUGUUUCUGUCACAGGAGAGGGACAGAGAGGCAAAGAAACAUUACUUCAGCAUUGAACGGGAGAGAACUGUGUCCCUUCUUAACCACUAGUAGUCUGACCGACUCCAGCAGGAUAUUUUUCUGCCACAAAACCGACCGCCAGAAUGGUUUGGACCUAAACCAGGAAGAAAGCAAGUUAAUGUGAAUAACCAUACACUAUCUUCCGUAGCCAUGAAAAUAAGAAUGUUGCUUUUUCAGAGGUUAUGCAAUGUUAAUCAAAUAUCGGCACCAUGCAACUAGAUGGCAGUACCGGUACUACUUUUUUGUUUCUUUUUUAUGUCAACUGGUUAACUGGGUAUUAAUCAUUUUUGUGUUGCUACUACUGUCGGAUUGAUCACUGCAGGAAAAAUGUGUAUGUACUGUAACCUGAGCCAAAAGCACUAUGAUUAUUUUCUACACUGUCCUGUGUCCGUGUAUUUGAUCAUGGACUCCAUAAAUAUUGUUGUGUCUUUAUGUAAUGCUUCAGUCUUUUUUUAAACAAAUUUCUGUAUUUUCUUUUUGGUUGUGAAACAAUGGUCACAUUUUAUACACUCUACCUUUGCACUAGAAAUGCAAACAUACAUGACAGAGCCCAUUUAACCUGCAAAAUGGGUAGGCCUUCUAUUACUUUUAAACAUUUUGCUGAUAACAGUUUUAUUUGGGUACAUAUUGAAAGCUGGACUUUAACUUGUAAUGGAGUACUUUUACAUUUUGGCAUUUGUACUUUUACAUAAGUAAAGUAUCUGAAUAUCAUCACUGAGAUGAUAAAUAGUGAAAUCUAUGUGUUACCGCCACAAAAUGAAUUAAUUCCUACUUCAAUUCUCCAUCUGAUUAAUCUGAAACACGUAUAGACAGAUAUAUUAAUGUGUACACUAUAACGUGUGAAAAUAUGUCUGUUGCCUCAGGGCAGCAAUGUUUGACUCA